AAUUCAGAGUUUCAGACUUCGUCCGUGUGAUUCACUGAAUCAAUCGACCUCUUUUGCUUUGUCCAUUCCACGCAUUUAAUUUCUCCAAUAUUAUCCCAUCUAACUGUUUUUCUUUUGUACCCUCUCACAUUCGGUUUUCCCUGGUUAUAAAUAAGUAGGCGGAGCUUCUCAUCACUCUCCACCUCCACUGAAAACAUCCAUUCAGUAACAAGUAGGGUCAAGUGAGCUAGCCAACACUUCGACGGCAGAGACUUGGAGAGGAGGAGAUACAUUGUCUCGUCCUCUCUCGACAGUGCCCUCUCGUCAUUGAGACGAGCACACGAGCGGCAACCCAAAAUGGUAUUGGUUCGUCUUACUAUGCUGGUCUUUCUCGCCGUCCUCCUUGCCGGCGCUUGCCUUGUCGUCGUUACCGGCGAUGGUAUGCCGGCCACCUUCGUCUUCGGUGACUCGCUCGUCGACGCCGGCAACAACAACUACCUCGUCUCCCUGUCCAAGGCCAACUACCCACCCAAUGGCAUAGACUUCGACGGCCACCAGCCCACCGGCCGGUACACAAACGGCCGCACCAUCGUCGACAUACUAGGGAAGGAGAUGGGGAUGGGAGGAUUUGUACCGCCCUACCUGGCGCCGGAGACCGCCGGCGACGUCCUGCUUAAAGGCGUCAACUACGCGUCCGGCGGCGGAGGCAUUCUGAACCAAACCGGCAGCAUCUUCGGUGGUCGCAUAAAUCUGGACGCCCAGAUCGACAACUACGCCAACAACCGGCACGACCUGAUCACGCGGCACGGGGAGGUGGCGGCGGUGAGCCUUCUCCGGGGCGCGCUCUUCUCCAUCACGAUGGGAUCCAAUGACUUCAUCAACAACUACCUCACCCCCAUAUUCUCCGUGCCGGAGCGCGCCGUGACACCACCGGAGGCCUUCAUCGACUCCAUGAUCUCCAAGUUCCGGGAGCAGCUCAUAAGGCUGUACCUGCUCGACGCCCGUAAGAUCGUGGUGGCGAACGUCGGGCCGAUCGGCUGCAUCCCGUACCUGAGGGACACGACGCCGUCGGCCGGCGCGGCGUGCGCCGAGUUCCCGAACCAGAUGGCCCGCUCGUUCAACCGCAAGCUACGUGGCCUGGUGGACGAGCUGAGCACCAACCUCACCGGCUCCCGCUUCCUGUACGCCGACGUCUACCGCAUCUUCGCCGACAUCAUCGCCAACCACAAGUCGCACGGGUUUGAGGUGGCGGACUCGGCGUGCUGCUACGUGAGCGGGCGGUUCGGCGGGCUGCUGCCGUGCGGGCCGACGUCGCAGUACUGCGCGGACAGGUCCAAGUACGUGUUCUGGGACCCGUACCACCCCAGCGACGCCGCGAACGCUCUCAUCGCCCGCCGCAUCAUCGACGGCGACCCGGCGGACAUCUCCCCGAUCAACGUGCGCCAGCUGAUCACGAGCUCCUGAGAUCCCGUAAUAGAAUUCACUUUGUAGGAACCUCGCUAGCUAGCUAUUGAUUUCUGUCCGUUCGACGCGUAUUUUGGGGAGAGGGAGACGCACUUAAUCGUCAUGGAUAUUUGCAAGUGAUCGAUGUCGUUGGUGGACUGCUCCAUCCACUCUCGUCAGUCGUUUGAUCUGGACUCGCGCGUCACGCUCCGGUGAUGGCGUGACCUGGGGCUGGCGAUUGAAACAAAUUAUAUCGAUGAUUCUUGGA